AUGCCGCAGGUGGAAAGCAUUGGUCUGGGCGGUGGAUCGAUCGUGCGGCACGAGGCCGGCCGCGUCAGGGUCGGCCCGGACUCCACGGGCGCCGAGAUGGUCAGCAGGGGCGUUCUAUUUGGCGGAGACACCGUCACGGCGUCUGACGUGACUGUUGCAAAGAUGGUGGACGAAAAGGGCGUGGUGGACAAAAAGUGUCUAAUGGGCGACCCGCAGAGGGUAGCCGGCCGGUUUGGGGCCGGGUUCAAGGCCGAGUUCGAGAAAACCGUGGCCUCCGCGCUGGAGACCGUCAUCGACCGCAUGAAGACGGCGCCGGACGACAUUCCGACCGUUUUCGUGGGCGGCGGCUCGUUCAUUGCGCCAGACAGGCUGAAGGGCACGUCCAAGGUGGUCAAGCCGCCGUUUUUCCAGGUUGCCAACGCCAUUGGCGCGGCUCUGGGCAAAAUGUCGUCCGAGGUGUCUGAGAUGAGACACAUCGACGGGACGGAGACAGCCAGGCAGCAGACGGUCGACGAGCUGACUUCGCGCGCUGUCGAGACGUGUGUGGCCAAAGGAGCGCUUAGAGACUCUGUCGAGGUCGUUAGCGUCGUCUCCGACGCCGUGCCGUACGUAGACAACGUGCACUUCUUCUCCGUCAAGGUGAUUGGCGACGUUGACUACGCACGGGCGUUUGAGUCGACCAGAGCGCUCGCCACUGUGGACUACGCGGGCGGGGAGGUGUUCAAGAGCGCGAAUGUCGAAAAGUCUGCCCCUGCUCCAUUUAAUUACGAAACGUACAAGCCGUGCGUGAAAAAUAGCGAGUGGAUACUGUCGCCAACAGACAUCGAUUUUAUCGGCGCUGGAGCGUACAUUUUGGGAUGCGGCGGCGGCGGAAACCCCAACAGCUCUGUGGUGGAGCUCAAGCGGAUGAUCAGACAAGGCGCCGAGAUCAAGGUUGCGACUCUGGACGAGUUCUCGCGCAGAACCGGGGGCAGGGGCACGGCGCCCACGGUUGGCUACUGCGGCUCGCCCACGAUCUCGAGCGAGCGCCUGCACGGAGACGAGAUGCUCGAGGCGUUUGAUAUCAUUGAGCGCUGGGAGGGAAAGAAGGCCGACGGCGUGCUGCUAUUUGAAAUCGGAGGCGGCAACGGGCUGUCUGGUCUCUGGACGGCGUACCACAGAAACGUGCCGUGUCUCGACUUAGACCUCAUGGGACGAGCGUACCCCACGCAAUGGCAGUCUCUGCCGUCGGUCUGCAACGACGGCCACGGGUUCCCAUACGGUUCUCUGUCGGACGGCAACGGUUUGUCGCUUUUGAUCACUUCUGCCAAAGAUGACGUCCAGAUGGAGGAGAUCAUUAGAGACGCCAUGUACCAGCACGGCGUCUCGUGUGCGUGUGUGGGGGCCUCGCUGGAUGUGGACAGAAUGGCGCGGGAAACCAUUAAAAACCCGCUCUCGCUGGCCUGGCGAAUCGGCCGCCAGGUGUUUUGCGCCCGCGCGGCCUCUGACCUCGACAAUCUCCCGCAGAGGAUCGUCGGCGCCUGCGGCGGUCCGGACACCGCCAAGUGCGUCUUCAGGGGCAAAAUCGUGUCUGUGGAAAAAAAACUGCUACGCGGCUACGGCUACGGGGUUGCAGAGCUAGAGAGCGUUGAGGGCCCCAAAAAGAAAAUCCGCGUCCCGUUCAAGAACGAGAACAUUGUCGUCUCAGAAAUCGACGGGCACGGAGGCGAAAAACCCCUGUGCUCCGUGCCAGACCUGAUCACGUUCCUCGAUAUGGACGGGAACGCUGUCGGGACGCAGGACUACAGAUACGGGCUGAUUGUGCACGUGAUCGUGAUCGCCGCGUCUGACCAGUGGACGACGCCAAAGGCCGUGGCCGUGGGCGGGCCGAAAGGGUUUGGCCGCGCUUUCGAGACGAUCGAGUAUGUGCCGGUCGGCAAGUACAUGGAGCCAGUUUCCGUUUGCACAGAGUUUAAUGUCUCUACUUAG